AUGGCGGUUUCAGCUCGUUUGUACGUUCUAUUGGCGGCUGUGAUAUUUUAUUCGUCGCCAAACAAUGGUGGAUUGCUGGGAAUUUCUAAAUCAAUAAAAGAAAGCAUAGAAUCAGUGAAAAAAUGCACGGCUCAGCGGACAGCUGGCCUCAGUGGACGAAGUCACGCCGAUAUCGUUACUGCCGCGAAAUUGUGGGCGCCGGUGGUCCGGUUGGCCAUGGGAGAGGAAUGGAAACCAUCCAGCGUCGACUAUUUCCUCCAACACGUCAACUUACGCGGCGGCAGUCCGACUUCCGUCACCCCGAGCACACUGCCCACUUGUAACAAGAACUGCUACCUGGAAACUAAGACGCCAUUAUCUUGUGCCUCUUGUCGAGAACCUGACGUCUUUAAAGGUCAGGAUCCUGCCAGCGCCCCAGCAUACGCUAUAUACGAGGACAAGGGUAGCGUUGUUGAAAUCACUUAUUGGUUUUUCUUUCCAUACAACAGAGGAAAACGGGCAUGUGUGGGGUUCUAUUUUGAUAAUGUGUGCCCGUGCUUCAAGGCGUGGGGCCAUUGCCUAUGUCCUCGACUUAACGGAUGCGUAGGAGGGUACUCGACCUUUGGUAAUCACGUUGGAGACUGGGAACACGUAAAGAUAAAGUUUAAUAAUAACAAAAUUUACUCCAUAUAUUUGUCGAUCCACGGUUCAGACACCACCAAUAAAUUUGGAGGAGAGUUUCUGUGGAAUGGUAGCGGAUUCAAGAAAGGGGAUCGGGUCGUUCAGAUGACUGACUGCACACACGCCCAAGUCUACGCAGCCAAAGGGUCCCACGGAAUGUGGCCAAACACGGGGAACCACGUGUACAAGAAACUCAUCAACGGAGACAAGUUGAAAGAUCUCUGUAGCGCCGGAACAGCAUGGAAGACUGCAGAUAACCUCAAAGUUGUCAAGAUGGCCGCCAAAGGACAGUUUACAGGGAAAUUCAGCUUUCUUAACUUCCUUGGUCGUUGGGGAAAUCGGGAGCGUAAUUGUGUUCCACUUAUUGAUCAGUGUGUACUUUCAAAUGGUCCUAGAGGUCCACCUAAGUGA